UAGUAUUCAUGCAAAUUCCAAUUCAAAAUCUUUCACUCUACUAUCCAUAGGUCUCUUUUCCUACGUUCAUAUAACCUUUAGGAAAGAAAAAACAAAACCAUUUAAGAUGGGCUGCGUUUGCAUGAAGUAUCGAGUUAAACAUGAAGAUCCUACCAUUCUUGCUGCUGAAACCUGCUUUAAUGAAACCGAAGUUAAAGCUUUGUACGAGCUUUUCAGACAACUAAGCAGUUCUCUGGUUGAUGAUGGAUAUAUAAGCAAGGAAGAGUUUCUACUUGGUUUGUUCAGAAACAGAAAAGAACAAAAUCUCUUUGCAAACAGGAUGUUUCAGUUAUUCGAUGCCAACAAUGAUGGGUUUAUAGGAUUCGGAGAGUUUGUUCGAUCUCUAAGCAUCUUUCACCCAGAUGCUCCUCGCUCCGACAAAGUUGGUUUCGCAUUUCAAUUAUAUGAUAUAUGGCAAACUGGUUUCAUCGAACCUGAGGAGGUUAAGGAGAUGAUUUUGGCUCUUCUAAACGAAUCAAAUUUGGUCCUUUCUGAUGAUGUGAUCGACGUCAUUGUUGAUAAGACAUUUAAAGAUGCAGAUUCAAAUAAGGAUGGAAAAAUUGAUAUGAAAGAGUGGGAUGAAUUUGUAGCUCACAACCCAAUUUUGAUGAAAAAUAUGACUAUCCCACAUUUGAUGGACUUGACAUGACGAAUGCUUUUCUUAGUUGCAGAGAUUCGAUAUUAAAAAUGGCACCAUAAAAGCAAAAAAAAAGUUCAGUAUGGCAAACAUUUGGCCUACUAGCUAACUUAGUAGAACAAAUUCAGAACGCUUUGGUUUUUGUUCAUUUUAAAACCAGAAAUUAGUGACUUAUCAUACAAUUUGGGGAUUAAUAUUUUGGAAGACACAACAUGAGAUGUGGGACAUGUCAUCCCUUUGGAUCAACUCUAAUCUCUUUAGAUGCAUGUACUUCAACUUAAACCAAUUCCUUACUUCUUAAUUAAUUAAUUAAUAAUUCCUAUACAUGUUGCGACCAUCUCAUCAACUUUGCUGGCUCAAGGCGAAACACACCUCGUGGGCACAUCAUUAACUUGCUGCCAAACUCAACAACUCUUCUAUAAUUUAAUUUAAGCCUCAUUUUUUGUACUUUUAGUCUAAUUUGUUUUGUUUUUUAAAUAUUAUUUCCUCUAUCAAAAAGCAUAUAGGUGGAAAUAGUAUAACGAUAUCUUUACAUUACACAAUAAAUGUAGUCUCCUUCCUAUUGUUUAA